AUUAUCAUAUAGUUUUUAUUGUUUAUCAUUCGAUAAUUGAUAAUUCAAUCCUGUAAGACAUAAUAAACAAAUUUAAAGGAAUCGGCAUAAUGUGAAUCAUCCUGUAGUUUGAACAGUUUUGAUCUUAUGCUAUGCUUCUCCAUAUCACGUUCAGUUUGGGGGAAAUCCAAAACAAUGCGAAAUUCAAUUACAUAACCGAAUGCAGUAAUUUUUGCCAGCCAAUAUCAAUAUCUCUUAACUUUCUUAAACAACUAAGUAAACCAUCAAUACUAUAAACGUUGAGGAUCCAUAAGUUAUUUACGUUGAGUUCAGAACAAUUACAUGUCACAACCAACCAAUACUAAUCAGGGGACAGGUAGUAGUUGGAUCCCUAUGUGGAAUUCAAACCCCAGCUCAGUAGCAAGUUCAACACCAGAUAAAGAAAUAGAACUGAAUUCUAAAGUGAAAACUUCGGGAGGGAAACGACGUAAAGUAUCUGGAAAGGGUUUGUCUGAAAGGCCUUCCACUACAUCAUUGAAUUGGUUGUGGAGUUCAAAAGCUUCGUCUACUAAUGAAGCUGAUGAUAAAGAUCAUAAUGAUGAAUAUGAAGAUGAUGUAGAAGAUGAAGAUUAUACACCCGAUGAUAAUGGAGACGAAAUUGAUGAUCAUGUAUGGCAAAAUAGGAAGAAGGGUACUUGGAAUUUCUGGAGUUCAUCUUCGGGAGCAGCUGAGGCAGGUAGUAAUAGUAGCAAUAAUAACAACGAUAAUAAUGAUAAUAAUAAUAAUAAGGGGAAUGAUAAAGAUAAUGAUAAAGAGAAGGAAAAGGAAAAGGAAAAAGCGAAGGAGUCUAACGUGAAAGAGGAUGAAAUCUUGGAAGAUUUUACCAAUACAAUAGUCAAUUCAACUCCUUCAAUUCCAACCAAACAAGAAUUAAGUAAAGGUCUCAACAAUAAUGCUAGUCAAGAAGAUGAUGCUGUUUUAUAUAAACCUCAUGAUAAAACAACACAAUUCAAUCAAAUCAAUACUCAUAAAAAUGAAAAUUUGAAAGAAAAUGUCAUUGUACCGUCUUGGGAUCUGUGUCUACCUAAUCAUUCAACUCUUUUAUCAAAUUCUAGUACAAUUGCUCUGUUAUUAGGAAGUUCAUCAACUGCCAAUCAGGGUAAUUCUCAAAAUUCAAAGGUAGAUUUUAAAAGUUGGAGACAUUUCCUUAGUCAUUUAUCUUCAAGACUUGGUUUUAGUUCUGAGACAUUAACUGAUGUUGUUAACAAUAAUGAAGAACCUGUUACGGAAUCUAAUAAUGAAGAUAUUGUUGAAAAGGAAUUUAAUUUAUUAUAUGAAAGGACUUAUAAAUUAUAUGGACGUAGUUUAGCAAAAUUACCUACUCAUAAAAGAGGUUGUUUACCAAAUUAUAAUAAAUACUAUACAAAAUCAAAUGGUCAUGAUAAUGAUGUUUAUCGUUAUGAUCAACAAACUCAACUUGAAGAUGAUGCUAAUGAUCCAAAUACUAUAUCUAUAAGUAAUGAUCCUAUGGGGAAUUUAUUAAUUAAUAAUACUGGUAAUAAGAAUUCACAAGUUGUUGAUAAUUCUGAAAUUAUAACUCAUAAAUCAGGUCCAUUAAAAAAGAUUCAAAAAGUAUUAAUUAUUGGAGUUCAUGGAUUCUUCCCCACAAAAAUGAUUCGUCCUAUAAUAGGAGCUCCAAAGGGGACUUCACUUAAAUUUGCUAAUGAAGCAGAAAAAGCAGUUAUUCGUUAUUGUGUAGAGAAUAAUUUAAUAACGGAAACUGAAUCUAAUAUAAGUAUUCAAAAGAUUGCCCUUGAAAAGGAAGGGAAAAUAUUUGAUCGAGUCAAUUUCUUUACAGAAAUCUUAGAAAAAUGGCAAAAUGAAUUAAAUAAUGCUGAUUUCAUAUUUAUUGCAUCUCAUUCUCAAGGUUGUGUUGUUUCCAUAAUUUUAUUAGCAAGAUUAAUAAGUUUAGGAAUCUUAAAAGAUCCUAUAAAGAAAAGAAUUUCAAUUUUAGGUAUGGCAGGAAUUAAUAAUGGGCCAUUCUAUGGAGUUGAUAAAUCAUUCUUUAUGAAGGCUUAUUCAGCCAUUGAACAUGAUUCACUUAUAGAAUUAUUUGAAUUAACUAAAUUUACAAGUGAACAAUCAUUGGCUUAUAAGAAUUCCAUACAAAUAAUUAUUAAUUGUAAUGUUAAAUUAUGUUUUAUUGGAUCUAUAAAUGAUCAAUUGGUUCCAUUAUAUUCAGCAUUAGCUUCUCAUAUUUAUCAUCCUAAUAUUUAUCGAGCAUGUUAUAUAGAUCAUUCUGCUCAAACUCCAUUGUUUAUACAAAAGUUAGUAUCACUUUGUUGUCAAUUACAAAAUCUUGGAUAUUUUGAUAAUAAUGUAAUUAAAGAACUUAGUACAGUAUUAGCAGGUACAUUAACUGGUGGUGGACAUUCUAAAAUAUAUAAUGAUGGGAAAGUAUAUGAUCUUGGAAUUAAAUUUGCUUUGGAUACAGAUGAUAUUGUAAUACCUCCCACUAAUAGUAUACCAUUAUUUAGUCAAGAAACUGUGGCAACAUCAAUAGGAUCUUUACCAUUUGGAUUAACUACUACCACCAAUAAUAAUAAUAAUAAUAAUAGUAAUAAUAACACCACCACGACCACCACCACCUUACAAGUCAAUUAUCCUGUUUACAAUCGCAUCUACAUAAAGGAAUAUAAUGUGGGUAAAAUAGGUCACAAUCCUUUUAUUUUACCAUGGUGUUUACGAGGGUUACUAUUUAAUAUCGAAAAGAAUUGGCCCAAUAAUAAUCACUUAAUUAGUGUGGAAAGUGGUAAACAGUUAGGUAAAAAUGGGUACGAUGAAAUUAAUGAACUCUAUGAAUACUUUGAAAUAUGGAAACCAGAUUCCAAACCCCUUAAGGAUUUAAAAUUCCGACUUAAUGGAUUAAGAGCAUCUAAAUUGUAACGUUACCUCAUUAAUUACAUGUGGAAUAAUUAGAGUGAAAAAUUGACGCGACACGAAAUUUGUAUGUAGAUAUUUAAAGAAAUCAAAACAAACCUGUUAAUUAAAC